GAGACAGCUGCAAUCACUGGAUGCACUAUAGUGAUGCCACUAAAACCAGAAGUGGAUGGGCCAAAGAAUUAUUAAAUGAAUUCAAAAGCAAUGUCGAAUUGCUUAAGCAGGCUGUGAAGGACCAGGUCAUAGAUUCUCCUCCCAAAUCACCACCUGCUGUGUCUCCUCAGAACCUACAAACAGGCAAGGAACAGAUACCGAAAGGAACAUCUAGGGCUUCCUCUGUAUCUUCCCAACAACCAAAGGGCAAACUGAUGUCUAGUCCUAUUGUGGUUAGACUUGCAGAUUUCAAUAUAUAUCAGGUUUCAACAGCAGACCAGUGUCGUUCUUCCCCUAAAGCUCUGAUCUCUUGCAAUAAAAAGUCACUUUACCUUCCACCAGAAAUGCCAGCUAUUCAUAUUGAAUUCACUGAGUAUUAUUACCCAGAUGGAAAGGACUUUCCUAUUCCAUGUCCAAAUUUGUAUGGCCAGCUGAAUGCUUUACAGUUUACCCUGGAUGAGAGAAGUAUUCUUUGGCUAAAUCAGUUUGUGUUGGAUUUGAAACAGAGUCUUAUUCAGUUCAUGGCCAUGUACAAGUUAAAUGACAAUUCAAAAUCAGAUGAACAUGUUGAUGUUAGAGUUGAUGGACUAAUGUUAAAGUUCAUCAUCCCAUCUGAAAACAAGCCUGAAAUUCAUAAAGAUCAACCUCAUGCACUUUCCAUUCAAAGUUCAGAGAUGAUUGCUACAAAUACAAGAUACUCGCCAAACUGUAGACACUCUGAUCUAGAAGCUUUGUUUCAGAACUUCAAAGACUGUGAAUUUUUCAGUAGAACUUUCACCACUUUUCCUAAGUCCCAGAAGAAUUUUAAUCUUUUGCAUCCAAUCUUCCAGAGACAUGCUCAUGAACAAGAUACUAAAAUGCAUGAUGUUUAUAAAGGUUAUAUCAUACCAAAAUUGAAUAAAUAUGCAUUAAAGACAUCUGCAGCUACUGAUGUUUGGGCCUUGCAUUUUUCCCAGUUUUGGAUAGAUUACGAAGGAACGAAGAGUGGGAAAGGCCGACCGAUAAGCUUUGUGGACUCAUUCCCACUUUCACUUUGGAUUUGUCAGCCAGUAAGAUUUGCAAAGUCACAAAAAGAGCUUUUAUUGCAUAAUAAGACAGCUUUAAACAUUCCAAAAAGUGAAUCUAGUGAUCUUGCUAACAGACUGCAACGUAAAAAACUUCUAAAGGAAUAUUACAGCAGUGAGACAGAGUCCUUAACCAAUGGCAUUCAAGUGCCUGACACUUCAAGAGUGCUUUCUGAAAGCUCUUCCUCUGAUGCAGAUGUACAUGUUCUUGUCCAUGUUCAAAAACAUGUAAGCAUGCAGAUCAAUCAUUACCAGUAUCUUUUUUUGCUUUUUCUUCACGAAUCUCUUGUAUUGCUCCUGGAAAACUUAAGGAAUGAUGUAGAAGCAGUGACAGGAAAACCUGCAAACCAAACAGAUGUCUGCAUUGGGUUCCUACUGAAAAGUGCAGAACUAGCCUUACUACUCCAUCCAGUGACUCAGGGAAACCCUUGUAAGUCUCCAGUUGUGGAAGAAGGAAGUCCCAUGGCAUCAGAACUCUCCCCUUUGGGAAAUGGGGAAGCUUUUACUUCGGAGGGUAAAUUAGUUGGCAAUAAGAUAGUGCAAGCUGGUAUUGCUAAUUUUGAUUAUGUAAAUGACUGCAAGCCUCUGAAUGCUGAAGUUAAUAAAGGAAUUUUAAUAGAUCCUCUUUUGUUUAAAUCAGACAGUAAUACGGAUUUUCAGAAAGGAACAUCAUUUUCAGAUGACGCAUCAGAUAAAGGCUUGGGAGAUACGAGUGAAGGCGGAAGCAGUGGACUUUUUAGUAGAAGUGAUUCAGAGGAGGUCUGUGGACCUCUAAGUGAGAAAAGUAGCUUGCAUCCUAGGGAUUCAGCGUCCGUUUUAAAUAAGAGAGAAGAUUCCACUGAAUCUUUCGUUGAUAAAGAGGAUGACAAAAACGUAUUCUCAAGUAAGUUAAAUCAACAGGAAGGCACAACUGAAGGCUGUCCUAACCAAGUCACUGACUUGGAAACAGAAACUGCCUUAGAAUCUGAAGAGCUUGAAAUCAACAAAGAGAAAGUGACUUCAGUUAGAAUGUUUGCAUCCCAGUCUUCAUCAAGUGCAAAGCCUAAGGACCGCUGCCCGUCCAACCUCCCUGCAUUCUCUGUUUCUUACAAGAAUAUGAAGAGAAGUCCAUCACAAGUCUCUCUGGAUACCAUCUCUAUUGAUAGUAUGAUGCUAGAGGAUCAUUUGAUAGAGAGUGAUGGAAGUGACAGCCAAAGCUUUCUGGAGAAAGGUAUUACAGCCACAAACUAUCAAAGCCCAUCAGAAAAUGCCCAUGAAGGAGGCACAGUGAUUGAAAAUUGUGAUGGGUCAUCUCCAGAUGGCAUGAGCGCUGCUUCAGAGAAUGCCCAUGAGACUAGUGAAGAAAUGAUGUCUGUUGUGGUUUUCCAAAUAUUUGGUGUUAAUGGUGAAAUUGACAUCAGAGGUGAAGACACAGAAAUAUGCCUACAGGUCAACCAAGUGAUACCAAAUCAAUUGGGAAAUAUCAGUGUUCGACACUAUCUUUGCAACAGAACUGUUGGUUCUGACUGUAAGUCUGUGGCUGGACCAGUUAAUUCAUCACCUGAGAUUAGUUUGAGAUGGGAAAGUGGGCCUAGCGCUGUCAUACAUUCUCUCCUGGCUGUAAAAAACGGUUUUCUUCAGUGUCAUGUAGAGAACUUCAGUGCUGAAUUUCUAACGUCUUCCCUCACAAACAUUCAGCAUUUUCUAGAAGAUGAAACUGUUGCAGAAGUGAUGCCUAUGAAGAUAAAAGUUUCUAAUGCAAGGAUUAAUUUAAAAGAUGACAGUCCACGUGAAAAUCUCAAGGCAUCUGAGCUGGUACCCAUAAAACUACAUAUUGACAUACUCUGGAUAGAAAGAAAUGAUGAUGGCUCAUUUCUCAUUAGAGACAAUCAAAGAGUAAAUGAUGUGUCAAAGAUGAAGAAUUCCAGUAGUGCAUUGCAGCAAGCAACUGGACCUGUUGGACAUAAAACACAGGACCAAGCCACGCAGACUACUUGUGAAAUUCCCAGACCUUAUAAAUCAAGCAGGGAUUCAGCUGACUUCCUUAAAAAUGAGCUCAUUGAAGAAAAUGAAUGUCUCAAACAGGAACUAGCCAAAGCCAAAAUGGCUCUUGCUGAGGUCCAAAUGGAAAAAGAUGCCCUGCUUCAUCGUAUAAAGAAGAUGAAUGCUGACCAUCAGUAGGACAGUGUUCUGUUGGUGCAAGGCAUCAUCAACAGAACUUCAGGUGAUGGUGGCAUCUAAAAUCCUGUUUGUAAAUCGCUGGAAGAUACAGUUAUUUUUUUGUUACAGACAGAGUUUCUCAUUAUGAACAAAAUGUUUGUGAACUACUUACUAUUUGAAAUUAUCAUUAAACAUUGUAACUUUUUUCAGCCCAUUUUAAACUGAAAUGACUUUGGAAAAAUCAAUUUCUACUGUACUUUAUUAAUUUACUGAAAAAAAAUCAUAUCAUCUAC